AUGACAUCUCAGAUCGAUGGAGACAGGCUGUCGCAGAUAACACAAGCUCUUGAAGCUACUUACGACCCGCGUUCGACCAACGAUACACGACGAGCAGCUCUCGAAUUCCUCGACGGCGCCAAGAAGCAACCAGACGCGCCGCAACACGGCUACUCGCUGGCUAGCGACCCCUCGCAACAACCUGCCAUCCGUCACUUUGGUCUGUCACUACUAGAGUUUGCCAUCCGCUAUAGAUGGGAAGACUACGGUCAGAACGAGGCCGAUACUCUUCGUAGCUGGAUCCUCAACCUCGCCCAAAACAUAUCCGCGUCCGACCCUCAAUACUUCCGCAACAAAGUAGCCUCACUAUGGGUCGAGGUUGCCAAAAGAUGCUGGGGUGCAGAAUGGUUAGAUAUGGAUGCUCUCCUGGUAGCCUUGUGGGAGACAUCAGACGACAGCAAGCAGCUUGUAUACAGGCAAAUGGUGCUAUACAUACUUGAGUGUCUGUCUGAGGACAUCUGCAACAGGGAAGACCCAGUCGCUGGUCUUCGGCAAGAUGUGCUCGGUCAGUGCUUGAACGAGAUUGUCAUCCCCAGUCAAUUGUAUAAAGACCAUCUCGAAUCGCGUGGCAGCUCGCAGAACGUGCGCCAUACUCAAGACGGUUGGCUUUCUCGCAUGUGCGCAUUUCUCUUCCAGUGCUCUACAGUCAUUCAACAAGGCGACCAACUAGUCGUCGUCUCUGCCACAAAGACUCUCGAAGCCUUGAGGCCGACGGUGACAUGGCUCAGCUUGAGAGCCUUGACCGAGACCCAGUGUGUUCAAUCUCUGUACAAGAUGCUUGCUGCUGGUGAUACUACUGUGAAGACUGCCACUAUCGAUGUCUUGCAGGCCAUCCUGAGUCGCCCCUACAACGAACAUUUCCGUGAAUCCUGGUCUCAGAUCAUGUUGUCUGUACUGGAACUCGAUCACAUUGAACUGCUCAAGAACAUCCACCUCAGCUGCAGUACUUCCGCCGACGAUAUCGACGAGGCUAAAUACACUUUGCAGAAGAAGCUAUCCGAGGUUUUAUCUAUCCUGGGAGACGCUACUGCUGCCAACCCGGGAAUCAUCGCUACGCCCGAAAACUGUACUGCCUUGAUUGACGUGAUGAUGCUUGCGUUCCAGCAUGACAGUCUUCUCGUUUCCAUUCCUGUCUUGCACAGCUUCACAAAACUUCUCGUCGCGAAGAACCAGACCAUCUCUAGUGCUAUGGGUCAGAGAGUAGCCAUUCUUCUGGGAACUUGCAGCCAACGUCUCAUUAAAUACGAGUCACUCUCACACGAAGAGCUGCCGGUGAUUCUGUAUCUGAACGAGGACUUCGAGAACCCUCCGGAGCUUCAUUCCUUCCUUGGAAAUUACCGAAGAUAUUGCAUUACAGUCAUCGAGAACAUUGCUUACUACAUGCCGCAAGAAGCUGUUGGCCACAUACUAGAUCAGACGGUGCAGAUGGUUGACACAAUCUGCCGAGAGUUCAGACCGCCUUUCGCGCCUACAGGGCCUUCAAAGACGCCAAUUCCUGUGCUACAAUUGGAAUCGCAAGCGUCCGUUCUUAGGAGUACGAUGAAUGGCUUCAUCCAAUGGUAUAGCAAAGCUUCGCGGCCAGAGUCGAAGUCUGAUCAACAUACCACGAAUAAGAUUUAUGGUGUAACGCUCACGAAUCUGCGCGACUUCUGUUACAAGUUGAUGACCAUGAAGCCACAACAUCCUGAAAUAGCUCGCCUUACAACACAUAUCGCAGUCAACGUUCUGGUAAAGACGUUGCAAGGACAGCCUGAGUUGGUGGUAAAGAUCCUGGACUAUUGCUUAAAUUUACAAUAUCCGGAUGAUGGUUCCAACAAGGACUACACAGCUGCUGUCAAGAACUUCCAAGGAGCACGUUUGGGUGAGAUGCAACGAAUUGCCAUGUCAUUCCCGGACUAUCUUCUUGACGUCUACUCUGACCUCGAAGUUCGUGUCAAUGCUCUGAUGUCUGCUGAGGGCGCCGAUGAGCGCACCAGAUGGGGCCUUCAGGCGUUUUUGUUUAUCGUUGUACAUCGGGCAUCCGCUGUUGAUUCUCAAGCGCGACUUGCUCGUCUUCAACAAAUCAUCCAGCCUGUGAUAGAGACUUGGCAAGAUCCUCAGUUGACGGAAGCUUUGUCUACUUUCUCUGGUUUCUGCGGCGUUGUCGGUCUUGAAGGCUUGCCAGAGUAUCUUACAGCCCAAGGAUACGCUUCUGUUCAGGAUUGGCCUAGUCAACCUUUGGACCAGCAAGGCAAGGCGCGUCAGACAGACGUGCAGAUGAAGGUCAUGCGUCUGCCUCUCAACGCCACUAAGAACCUCCUGGCAGCUACUACUGAGAAACUGAAAGAGUCAUCACGCGAGUAUCAGAUUGGUGCCCAGGUUUGGGGUCCCGCGAUUCAAGCCAUGCUCUCAAACGUACUGCAAAUGACCAGACACGCAACUUCAUUCCCCAACACCAGCAACUGGUCGAACCUCCCUCCCGAGCUGCAAAUGGUGAUGCAGAAGAUGCUUGUCGACAGAUUCUGGCAAGCGGGUAUCUCGAAUGAAAGUAGAGAUGAAUUCUAUGCCCGCAUUGCUGAAAGCGGAGACACAUACGAGGGUUUCGCCUCUGCUAUCCGUGGUAUCCCUCGACAGAUUCGUGACUGGUGCUACCACAUCAUUUACGGCAUGACCAGAUUUGAAGAGGAGUUUUUCGGUCUUAGGGAGCUGCCUGUGCCCUUGGCUGAGGCGUUGCUUACAGAUGCUUCUUCUUUAUCGACCCAUCACUUACAAAGGUUGAUUGCGUUGGUGGAACGACUCGUGCAGAGGUGCCCGGCACAUCACAGAAAACAUUUCAUGCCUCCGAUAUUGUCCUUGUUCUUCUCCCAGACUGACAAGAAGAUCAGUACCGAAUGGGAAGUGAUAGAAAGAUCGAGCACUCAAUCCGUCGAAGGAGAAGAUCAAUUGAACGACGAGAUGAAGGCUGAAAGCGUACUGCGAGCGACAACCUAUGCAGUUGUCAAUUUCGCCUCAUCUAUCCUCGAUCAUCGACCAACAGGUUUUGUAGAUGUCACACCCGUUACCCAGCCUCAAUCCUCACAACUCACCAUGCGUGCUCUCAUUCUCUCCGAGCCUUCCAUACUGGAGCCUCUGAUCCUCUUCUGCACUCAUGCGCUGCGCAUGCGCGAUUCACGCUGCUGCACCCUCAUCUGCCGUAUCCUGCGCUCUAUCCUCCCAACCUUCGUCGCCGACGCCCCACCAGCACCCCAAGUCCGCGAGUUCAUCAGCACUGAAGUUCUCAAAGCUUGCAUCACCUCGCUCAAUGAGCCUUACUUUGUCGAUGUACAACGGGAUCUGGCGAACUUGAUCGCGAACAUCGUGGCGUUGUACUCUCCGCUCUCCUCCACAGCCAGAGAUGUGCUUCUCAGCCUCCCCGAUAUGGGUCAGCAAAAGGUGGAUCACGCGAUCGAGAGGAUAGUAGGCACUAGCAGUGAACGCACACAAAGAAUCUUGGUACUAGAGCUGUUGGAAGGAGUCAGAGGUGUCUCUAUCCACGAAGCUGGAAAAAUCGAUAGGAGAGAUACCAAGGCUAAGAGAAGUGCUAUGCAACAGCAGUAUAUGGAAGUUGAGCAAAAGCCUGCUGGCGGCAAGAGGGAGCAGAGUCCGAAGUUAGAGGGAAUGGCCGAGAUGUUUGGCGGAGAGUAG